GUUGUUGCUCAUGUUUUCUCUUCUACCUUCCUCUCAUCCUUUCAUCUCUUUCUCUCAAGGCAUCUUGCUAAAGUUGGUCAGGAAGUUGUUGAGCACUAUAUACUUUUGAUACAGAGAAGCCAGCUCACCAAGCUGAUGACAGAUGAACACUCCCCUUAAAGUUCUAAGAGCCUCUUGCUUUUGUGCUGACCUGCAACUUCUCCUUUUUUCUCUACGGCUUUCUUCUUCUUUUAGAAGAGACAAAAGAGGUCUUCUUGUCUUCAGAGUUACGGAUGCUAUUCGGCCAUUCCAUGUAUGUGAAUUUCAGCUUCUAUACGACCGUCUCUUCCUCCCCCAAAACUCUGAAACUCCAUUAAUGGAUAAAGGUUUGUUUUUGACCAUCUUUCAUUUGUUCUACGUAUUUCUUUGUUUCGUUUGUUUAUUUUUUUUCUUGAAUAAGUUUCAUCGUUUAUGUUUCUUUAUAUCACUCGUGUAGAAGCUUUAAAAAUUUCUCCUAGGUCUACUAAGUAUUGGAUCCUUGAAUUCCAAAUUGAACCACAUUUUUUACUCUUGCACACCUGUUCACGGCACACCGCUAUCCAUCGAGAAGCAUGCAUCAUCUGUCUUCACUCUCUCCAUUUUUUAUAAGAUUCAGAAGGAGAUAUGUGUUGCAUGUUUCUCAUGUCCUGUUUUAAGGGUUGAAGAAGUAAACUGUGUGCAUGCGUACGUUAUCAAUGAUGAGUGCAGUAUGAUUUUCAAUGUUGUGCAUUCUUUAAUCGCAUCUACGACAACAAACAUGCAGUUGCAAAGACUUUGAUAGAGUUUGGUUGGUUUGUAGACACAUGUUUGUUGUGUUUUAAAGACCUUAAAUUGCACAACACUCAUGCUGACUUUGUUCUAAGUCGUUGGUGUUAAAAUAGUAUCAUUAAACCCAUGUUUGAUAUUGACGAUAGCGUUUUUUUACCAAUGAGGAGAGAAAGUUACAUGUCAAUCGUUUAUGGUCUGACAUUCAUUGUUGUGUUGCUAUUAUCGAGGAUAAGACUGUUCUGUUUGAUCAGUUUGCACAAUUAAUUAAAGAACAGAAGAGUAUGCUGCUCUCAUCACAGCAACAUAAUGCACACGUGACAAGCAAGACUUCUGUCAUUCAGCACUUUUUUGGUGCAACAGCUCCUUCAGAGGUCAACGUACUUCCGCCUCAAUAAGCUAGGAACAAGGGUUGUGGCAAGCGCUUAAAAGGUGGUAAAGAAGUGGCAAUACAAUCAAAGAAGAAGUUGAGAUUGUGUAGAACAUGUAAUGAGAUGUGUCGCCAUGAUAGCCGUAACUGCCCCAUUAAAAAUCGGCUUGAAUUUGCUACUUACCUAUUGUUGCUUUAUGAUUUAUUUCUAAAACUUGAUGCUCAUACAUGACUUGUUUUGGUUCACCUUGUUUAGUUUUAUUUGUUAUUGUUAGUCAUUAUAUUUAAUCAUUCGGUUGUUUUGAUAGUCAUUAAAUUUGAAUUUUU